AUGCAAUUGCUAUGGCAUCGUGUUGAUGUUAUCGGGAAUUACACUCCAGCACCCCCGAAAGCCAUACCAAAAACUAUUGAAAAUCAAAGAGAGUAUGAUGAGACAACUGUAGAUCCCAACGAUGAAGAGGUUGCUUUUGACGAAGCAACUGAUGAAUUUGCCCCGUACUUCAACAGACAGACAAUUCCCAAGAUUCUUAUUACAACAUCAGACAGACCUCGUGGGAGAACAGUGAGAUUCUGUGAACAGCUGUCUACUGUUAUACCUAACUCGCAUGUCUACUAUCGAAGGGGACUGGCUUUGAAAAGAAUUAUUCCACAGUGUAUUGCAAGGGACUUUACAGAUUUAAUUGUCAUUAAUGAAGAUCGCAAAAUACCAAAUGGUCUUCUCUUAAGUCAUCUGCCUGAUGGUCCAACUGCUCAUUUUAGAAUGAGUAGUGUCCGUUUGCGUAAAGAAAUAAAGCGAAAAGGGAAGGAGCCCACAGAACACAUACCUGAAGUAAUCCUCAACAAUUUUACAACACGACUGGGCCAUUCUGUUGGUCGUAUGUUUGCUUCUCUCUUCCCACACGAUCCUCAGUUCAUUGGAAGACAAGUAGCUACAUUUCAUAACCAGCGAGACUACAUCUUUUUCAGAUUCCACAGAUACAUCUUCAAGAGUGAAAAGAAAGUGGGAAUUCAAGAACUUGGGCCGCGUUUUACAUUAAAGCUGAGGUCUCUUCAAAAAGGAACCUUUGAUUCCAAAUUUGGAGAAUAUGAAUGGAUUCAUAAGCGCCGAGAAAUGGACACAAGUAGAAGAAAAUUUCACUUGUGA